AUGGCUUACAACUCAACACAUGAGUAUCUUAACAAUAUUACAGAUUCAUUGCUGGGGUACCUAAAGUUUAUAUACAGAUCAGAACUUGAAGAUCGUUACAGCGCACCUAUGUUAUGGAUUGGGAUGUACAUCGCGUUAGCGUCUCUGUUACCUGUGGAUCUAACUGGUUCCAUGCCGGGUUAUGUGGACCAAGUGGCAAAGCUCGGAAGCAUGGCUUUUAUGUGUACCAUGAUGGCUAACUUACUGCUUUCUUUAGGAACCAUGGAGAGCAAUGAGCUUUUGUCUAACAUCGGAGCUUUGUGUGUUCAAGUCAUCACGUUGGUUCUGAAUGUUUGCAUUCAAAUGCAAACCGGAGCUGUAUCCAUAUCAACCCAUAAAGAAGAUCCCCUAUAUAUAUGUUCAUCUUUGGCGAUUCUAAAAACCAAACAGAUGAUGGACUCCAAAUACCAAAAAGGUCAUGAUAGAGCUUCAAAACACAUUCAACCAUCACAAGGAAAAAUAGUAACGGUUGAUGAGCUAGAAAACCAUGUGAGAAAGCAUUGGAUGAUGGUAGAAAGUGGCAGCUGCCUCCAUUUCAUAACAGCUUGCUUUUAUACAACAUCUGCUUCUGGGGUAAUAUGUCUAUUAGUCACCAUCUUACACACUUAUACUAUGUCCGGGACUAUUAAAGCCAUGUUGGCUAAGGACUAUGAUUCGGAUUAUGGCUGGUCCAUGCUAGUAAUUCUCACAGUGCAAUCGAUUAGAGUCCUGAUUGGUACAAUUGUACCACUUUCUAGAUGUUUUGCAACCUUAAGCUUUGAAGGGUCAAUCCACUUCAAGGUCUUUAAAGUAGAACGUCAUUGGACUCAAAAGUUAAAUGAUUGGAAGCAAGCUAGUAUAAGACUACUGACGACGAGGAUCCCCGCUUGGGCUCCCCGUCUGGGCUCAUCGCCCUAG